AACCAUAAUUCGACCGUACAGAAACAAAAACAAAACAAAAAAUGCGAGCUCUCGAAGCGAGUAAGAGACUCUCUCGCGCUCUCUUCACUUUCAAUCCUUCUUAUUCGCGCUCGUUACCGAGCUUGUUACCGUCACCCGACUGUCAUCGGAGCACCGCCGACAGUAAUGGUGGCACGUGUCUACUACGCUCCCCGUGGUCCGUCAGUCAACAUCGUGGCGUCAAAGUCAACGCCUCUCAUGUGAGGCCUGGGAAUGUCAUUGAAAAAACAGGGAAGUUUUACCAGGUCAUAGAAGCACAACAUAAGCAGCGAGGAAGAGGAGGAGCCAUGAUGCAGAUGGAGCUUCGUGAUGUAGAUUCUGGAAACAAAAUAAGCUUACGGUUUGGUACAGAGGAGGCUGUUGAAAGGUUGUUGGUCCGUAUGGUGGUAGGGUAAUCUACUUCUGUCAAAAAAGAUUUAGCUUUUCAUUGUAACUUAAUAUUCUAUCUUCAGUUUAUCCAAAUGGUGUUUUAGUAGCUUUUUAUUUAAACCCACUUUUUAUCAUUGUAACUUGGUUGGUCCGUUUGGAUCUGUGACCUACCUAGCUAUUCUAUGCUAGGUUCAUAAAAAAA